AAAACUUUCCGGCUGAGAACAUUUCCCCAUUUAGGCGCGAGAGACUAUACCCAAUUUCAAAAACGAAAACACCCUCCUCAAACCCUUUCCUUCCCGCCAUAUUUCCCAUUAUGUUCAACCACCACGAUCUUCAUUGGCAGAAUCAACUCCAUCCCAGUUCCUCCCACAAUUCAGUACACCCCGGGAUCCACCCAGCAACGCAUUCCAUUCGAUGGAUCUCUCCGAUAUCGCUAAGAAGCUUGGCCUCUCGGAAGAGAAGCACCUCGUCCGAAAGGCCGCCGAGCUCCGCCGUCUCUGCGACAUCCAGUUCGACUCCUCCAUUAUUGGAGUCGGGGAAGUAUGUAAAGCUAUAAUCUGCUUAGAGAUUGCUGCUACAAGGUUACAGGUAGAGUUUGAUCGACAGAACGCAAUAAGGCUGAGCGGGAUGUCUGAGAAGGCUUACAAUAGAUCCUUCAAUUGCAUGCAGAAUGGUCUCGGCGUCAAGACCAAGCUGGAUGUCAGAGAAUUAGCUAUUCAGUUUGGAUGCGUUAGGAUCAUUCCUUUUGUGCAGAAGGGUUUGUCUCUGUACAAGGACCGGUUUCUUGCAUCUCUACCACCUUCCCGGAGGGCAACUGCUGACUUCACCCGGCCUGUUUUCAUUGCUGUGGCAUUUUAUUUGUGUGCAAAAAGACACAAGCUCAAGGUAGAUAAGCUUAAGUUGAUUGAACUCUGUGGAACAUCAGAGUCUGAAUUUUCUUCUGUUUCCACCUCCAUGAAAGACCUGUGUCAUGAUGUUUUUGGGAUCUCAAAGGAAAAGAAAGAACCGAGAGAUGUAAAAAACAACCGAGAACUGCUUGAUGUGUUACCUGGGAAAAGGACAAUUGAGGAUGGUGGUUACUUGUCUGAUGAUGGACCAGAGCUCUCAAGUUACAAACGGCGUAAAUUAACUGAAAAGCGUACUUAUGAUGACUGGAAAUCAUCCGUCCUUGCCUCUAAUAGCAAGAGCAAGACAAAAGUUCCCAGCAAGCGAGCCAAACAAAGCAAACUCAACUUUCUCAAGGAAGUUCCUGAAGCUCAGAAGCUGGAGGCUGUGUGAAUGUAUUCCUUUUAGAUUUUUGGGUUGAUUGUUGCAAGUGCACAGGAAUGUAGAAAAAUGCAGUAAGACACUAACGCACGUUUCCCCCCAAAAUUACAACUGUUAUGAGUUUUAUUCAUUUAUUUUGUGGUU